AUGGCUUCUUAUUCGCCGGAACAACUGCAUCGGUAUUUUGACCGGGUCGGGCUUCCUCAAAUCUACCGACAGUCUAGUGUGGCCCAGAAGGACGAGCAACUUUCCCUGCAAUUUUUGGAAUUACUGCAGCGUUAUCAGCUGGCAGCUGUGCCCUUUGAGAAUCUCAAUCUUCAUUACUCGACCCACCGCACCAUAUCUAUAGACUAUGAACAGGUUUUCGACAAGAUUGUCGAUAACAAAUCGCGACGGGGCGGCUACUGCAUGGAGAACAACACCCUGUUUGGAACUGUCUUGCGGACCCUGGGCUACGAUGUCACAUCAGUCGGAGGCCGAGUCAAUGAAGCCGUACAGCCUAUGUCGGCAUCUAAGAGCUGGAAGGGCCCGAAAUACAGUGGAUGGAACCACAUGGUGAAUGUCGUUACUAUCGGGGAACAAAAAUAUCUCAUCGACGUGGGAUUUGGCUCCAAUGGGCCCCACCAGCCCGUGUCAUUGGUGGAGAACUUUGAGUUCCACAACACCGGAGAUCAAUGUGGUCGGCUCGUUCACGCACCGAUUGCUCAACACACGAGCAAGGGCCAAUAUGUGUGGCAAUAUGAGAUCCGCAAUGGGGCCGAAAAUGCAUGGACCCCCGCUUAUUGCUUUACCGGAACUGAGUUCAUACCCGAAGACUUCGAAAUCAUCAAUUACUACAUGAGCACCAACCGGGCAAGUUGGUUUACCUUCCACGUUGUUUGUGUACAAAUGAUCAUCGAUGAGAAUAACGAGGUUGUUGGGGAUCUGACUCUGUUCAACAACACUCUCAAGCGACGGAAUGGGGCAACGUCUGAGGUGUUAGAAUCGUUCAAAUCUGAAGAGGAGCGCGUGGCGGCCCUGGAAAAGUAUUUCCAAAUUUGCGUUUCGCGGGCGGAUAAGGAGGGCAUUCGCUACACCGUUUCCGAGAUCCUUUAG